CGAUUAUUGCAGCGUCAGUAAGCACUUUGACUUUUAUAGAACACUAUGAAUCAAAUUUUUGCUUUUAAAAUUGCCUCUGUUAUCUUUGGAUUGUCGUUAAUUAGUAAUGCGAAAUGUUUUGAUCGCCCCAAAUGCACAGAAUUCUACAAUAAAAUUUUUUCAAAAGAUGAUCCAGUUGUAUUUUGUUCGAUUGCUGAUAAAUGUAUGCAUUAUUCGGAUAUUGAAAAAAUAGACGAUUCCAGUAUUGCCACGUUUAAGAGCUGUUUUUCUUCAACUUGCGUCGCCCUUAUUAAAAAGUAUAAUGAAAGGAAAAGAGCAAUUUCUGGCAUGGGUGAAUAUCAACGUAAGGGCCGUCGUUUGCUUGAGCUCCAACCCUCAAAAAGCAAAGGUUUUUGUGCAAAGGCGUUAGUUGAUUUUAUGAAAGGCUAUGAAGGCUUUGUUGAAGCCGUUAAAUAA